GUUGGGACAUUGUUUGGAAGGGAAGAUUUUGCACGGAGGGUAAAAGGGAUUGACGCUGGAGGAGUGAUAAGCUCACUCGGAGCAGCACAGAGUGCACUCUCUCUCUCUCGUUCGCUCUGACUCAAAAUAGCGAUGGAGUGGACAUUAUAGAUUUCCAGCGAUCAAGGGCAAAAAGCAAUGGCAAUGCUGUCACUUCCACUUGCAAUACGACCCCACUGUCUAGACUGGGGAACCUCCGAAUCAUCUAAACUGAUUGUUGCUAGGCAUUAUAUCUAUGGACAAAAGGUGACACACAGCUUAGAGAAAUCAGAUCUGGAAAGAGCACUACCAUAUGGAAAAGUGGAAAAAAUAAUGAGGAAAAGGUCUUCUCAGAAUUUUUGCUCAAAAGUGUUCGCUGUGUCACACAUUUCUCUUGAUCAAACUAAACAAAGAUUAUCAACUUAUCUAUUUAGGACAGAAAUUGGUGGUCAGGUAAAGGUGCUUGUUGGAAAGAAAAGUUUCAAAUAUGGAGUGUCUGUUGACGUUUCAUCCUUGCAAUUUUCUACAAGCAUUGAUAAAUUAGUACUGAGCUGGGGCAUUUUUAGAUCCGAUUCUUCAUGUUUAAUGCCCCCAGAUUUUCAGAGUUCAGCUCCAAAUGUCACUGCCAGGACCAUGGAAACACCAUUUCUGCAGAGUUCAUAUGGUAGGUUUGCACUUGAAUUAGACUUCGAAGCAAAUCAGGGCCCCUUUUAUUUCUCAUUUCUUUUGAAGUCUCCUUCAUAUGCUGAUAUGAACAGCUCAGAAAUUAGAAACCAUAGAAAGACAAAUUUUUGUGUUCCUGUGGGUUUUAAUUCAGGGUACCCAGCUCCAUUGGGACUCUCGUUUUUGAAUGAUGGUUCCAUGAAUUUUGCCAUUUUUUCAAGAAACACUAAAGGUGUGGUUCUCUGCUUGUAUGGUGAGAACUCGGCAGACAACCCUGCAUUAGAGAUUGAUCUAGAUCCUUAUGUCAAUCGAUCAGGUGAUAUCUGGCAUGCCUCAAUGGACAUUGACACGACCUUCACGUGCUAUGGUUACCGGUGUAAGGGCACCAUUCUGCAGGAAAAAGGAGACAAAUUUACUUCGGAGCAUGCUGUUUUAGAUCCAUAUGCUAAGAUUGUUGGUUAUUCCAUUCCUGGUAGUCAUGGAUCUGGUUUGUUCCCAAAAUAUCGUGGACAGUUAGACAAUCAACCUGAUUUUGACUGGAGUGGUGAUGUUCGUCCUUACUUACCAAUGGAGAAGCUAGUGGUCUAUCGGUUGAAUGUUGCACGUUUUACAGAAGAUAAGUCUAGUAACCUGCCCACCAAUGUAGCGGGAAGGUUUGCUGGUAUUACUGAGAAGUUGCACCAUUUCAAAGAUAUUGGCAUGAACGCAGUCUUACUGGAGCCAAUUUUCCCUUUUGAUGAGCAGAAGGGGCCCUAUUUCCCAUGCCAUUUUUUUUCACCAACAAAUCUAUAUGGACCUUCUAGUGACCCUGUACACACUAUUAACACAUUGAAGAAGAUGGUGAAGAAAUUGCAUGCUAAUGGAAUGGAAGUUCUGCUGGAAGUUGUUUUCACCCAUACUGCUGAUGGUGGAGCAUUGCAAGCGAUUGAUAGUUCAUCUUAUUACCAUGUCCACGGGGAUGCAGAUGGGGCAAAAAAAACUGCUUUGAAUUGUAAUUGUCCCAUCGUCCAACAGAUGAUUGUGGAUAGUCUUCGGCAUUGGGUAACUGAGUUUCACAUUGAUGGGUUUUGCUUCAUGAAUGCGUCAUCCCUGUUGAGAGGGUUUCAUGGGGAGCACUUGUAUAGGCCGCCUUUGGUUGAAGCAAUUGCUUUUGAUCCGGUGCUCUCAAGGACCAAAAUCAUAGCUGAUAGUUUGGAUCCACAUGAGAAGGUGCCAAAAGAAAUCCGUUUCCCUCAUUGGAGGAGAUGGGCAGAAAUGAAUUCAAAAUUUUGUAAUGAUGUAAGAAAUUUUUUGAGGGGAGAGGGUCUUCUGAGUAACCUUGCCACGCGGCUUUGUGGGAGUGGUGACAUAUUUUCAGAUGGUCGAGGCCCAGCAUUCUCUUUCAAUUUUAUUGCCAAGAACUUUGGACUUCCUCUUGUUGACUUGGUUAGCUUCAGUAGCAGCGAGCUAGCUUCACACUUGAGUUGGAAUUGUGGGGAAGAAGGCCCCACCAAUAAUCCUGUAGUCCUUGAAAAACGACUUAAACAAAUUCGUAAUUUUCUCUUCAUAUUGUUUGUUUCAUUGGGAGUUCCUGUUCUUAAUAUGGGGGAUGAAUGUGGUCAAUCCUCUGGAGGUUCCCUUAAAUAUGGUGGCAGGCGGUCUUUUAACUGGAAUGCUGUGCGUACCAGUUUUGGGAUACAAACCAGACAGUUCAUUUCAUUUUUGACUUCACUGAGAAUGAGGCGAGCGGACAUUUUUCAGAAGAGGAACUUCUCGAGAGUAGAGAGUAUUGAUUGGCAUGGACCUAAGCAGUCUCCUCCAAAAUGGGAUGACCCAUCAACCCAGUUCCUCGCCGUAACACUGAAGGCUGAUGAAGGAGAGGUUCAGUCCACCUCUGAAUCUUCUCUUGUAAGGGGUGACUUGUUUAUGGCUUUCAAUGCUGAUGACCAGUCGGAGAGUAUUCUUCUACCCCCCGUUCCGGCCGGGAUGGCAUGGCUUCGCCUGGUUGACACUGCUCUUCCAUUUCCCGGGUUUUUCUCAAUGGAUGGUGAUCCCGUCCCUGAGCAGAUGGAUGGAUUAUGUAUUUACCAAGUUAAGUCUCACAGUUGUGCUCUAUUUGAAGCCAGGCGCUCAAGUUGAAUUCUACCCCAUUCUCCCCAUUCUCUUCAGAUUCUGGCCUCGUGACGACAGAAAGUGGUUUUUUUGCUGUAAAAUAAUGUUUCAAUAAAGCACCAUAGGCGGUGCAAAAUCAUUGUUUGGAAACCAAAUAAAGUCAUGUUUUAUUGAAUAAGAUUGUUAUUUAUUUC